CGCGACUGCAUCCCUGCCCUGCCCUGAGCCCUCGAGCCUCACUCAGAUUGUUCAGCCUGAAGUACUGACGGCGCAAUGGCGGAAGGUUCUGUAAGGUUGGCUGAAAACUGUUCUCCAUUGUACGCAGUAGUGGAGUUUGAUGAUGGUGUACAAUUAGUUCCAACAAAAUGGAUAGUAGAUGACACAUGUUACUGGCCUAACUUUACUAACCAGUACAGAUAUGACAAAGCUGUUGCAUCCAAUAUAGAUUACGAAGAAUCUUGGCGCAACUUUCCUGUAAGGAAAAUUGUUAUGUAUGCAGAUGACUAUGUGAAGGGUAAAAGAAAACUAAAAGAAGCUGAACUAUAUUCUGAUGUUAAUUCUGACUAUGAUAGCUCUGCAAAAAAAAAAAUCCGACGACAAAGAGCCAGAAAAAUUAUUGACUCUGAGUCAGAGGAUGAAAUCUACAGUAAGCCAAAUCAACAGUAUAAACAGCAUACCGGCACAUCAGCAUUGCCGAAACCCCCAGCCCCCCCAGCAGAACCAAAUUUGGAAACUACUUCUGCGAGACCACCUCAGAGAAUUGCUGUGCAACAAGACAAACCAGAAAAUACUUUUGCAAGAACACCUGACAGAAACUACCUCAGCCCAUGUAACACUCCUGUGCGUCAAGACAAAUCAGAGUUUGAAGCCUAUGUGAAAAAAUCACUCAUGGGCAUGAAGAUAAAAAUGAACGCAUUCCUUCACACACAACAUGACAUGAUUCAGACACAGCAGAACAUACUCCAGACACUGGGUAAACUACAACGUAAUCAAACAGUGACUGAAGAUGAUAAUGAGGAGGCUACGCCAAAUAAUGAUUUUGAUUUAAAUUUGUUGCCUCUUGCAAGUAUGGAGGACUUACAACAAUUUGAGGAAAAACUUAAAAAUGAAAAGUACAGAAAGUAUGUGGUCAAGGAAAUGAGAAAAAUCGGAGGCCAAGACGUGAAGGCAGCAACAUACAGAUUACUACCAAGACUAAUGUCAAAUGAAGUUGGAGCAAAGUUUUCAUGGAUCGGAGCGAAAAAAAAACAAGUAUUCUCUAAUCUGGAAACCUGCAGACUUCUGCUCGAUGUAGUAAGACUGCAUUUUCCUACAUCCACAGAUGUUGAUAUUUCUAUACCAACCAAGAACUGGCUGCGUCAUGCAAGAGACAGGAUGAGCCGCUCUACGUUAAAAGAUGUCCAAGAAGUGGACCAAGAUCCUUCCCUCAUGGAGGCUGCUUGAAACCCGUCGGACCAUUAUACACGGGGUUUAGACGCGGAAUGUACACGGUGGAGCUUGGUUUAAUAUUUGGAGCUAUCCAACUCCCUCAAUUAAUUUUGGAUUAAGUUAUUCUAAAUUUUUGUUUAUUCAGUAUUCACAUAAUGUAGAAAUAUAGCUUACUUAAACUUACAGUAGAACCUCUUUAAUCCGAACUUAUUGGGACCCGGGGUAGCUCGGACUAUUGAAUAGUCCGUAUUACAGAUCAUAUUGUUUUUUUUUUACAUUACAGUGGCUAAAAUGGAUAGUAAUCUUUAUGGGAAAAGUGAAAAAUGCUCUAUAAAGUAAAAUGCAAUGCUUAUUAAAUACAGUAAUAAACACAGUGAAUAGACAGAACUGUACAUUACAACCGAAACAAUUACGGUGCUUAUAUAAAUACAAUGAAAAACUACUCUACUGUACUGUAUAUAGAGUACAUUAAUGAGGCGUGCGGAUUAAAGGAUGUUCGGACUAUGGGGGUUUGGAUUAAAGAGGUUCACAAGAGGAAUAUAUUGCAAUAUUUAUUUUUUUAUGGAACAAAUUCUGGUUGGUGUAUGGUGAUUAUUGUUUGUAUUUACGAAACGGGAUUUCAGCGUCAGGGCAACACGCUUGACAGGGACCAUUGCGUUUUAAUUGGGGUGUAAUUACUUCUAAUUUAUGGUAAUAAAAUAAAUUCACUAACAGUAAACACCAUUUAUAAUUUAAAUAAAAAUACUUGUGACUAAAGGAACAAAACAUUUAUAACAUAUGAAAACAAAUGUAAUGCUACAUUCAUAAUCAAACAUCACACCGCACACAAAUAACCCCAAAAGAGACUUUUUUCUUACUCUUCUUGAGACAUUAGAAGAGUAAUUAGAUAAGAUAGGCCUACUUAUAAUUUUUAUGAGGAUUUUCUUUUUUUUUAUGGUUGAAACAAAAUUGUUUGAUGUAGUUACUUACAGUCGACAGCCCCAUGACAUUGAUAAUCAACAGCCUCAUAUACAUUCCACAAACCACAUGGUAGUCAGCAAUCUGAUUCAUCCCAAGCCUUUUAUUCUUUAUAAAAUUCUGAACUAACAACUACUGUGCCCUUUUCUGACAACAUAAGUGAAAACGAAAACUACUCUUUAGAUACCUUCUAUAGGCCUAGACGUAUGUUCUUCUCCAAGCCCUAUUGAAAAUUUACCUGAUUGCUUCGAUUUACCUAUAGAUCAACCUUUGAAUAGUGGUCAACCUCAACGUAGCUUCCAGUUAGUUGGAGUUCUUAGUUCUUAAUUCUUAGUCUUAGUUGGAGUUAGUUGGAGUUCUUGACGACUUCAGCGCCUUUAAGUUUGAAAAUUUCCUGCAGUCAAUCUCCACUUACUACUACGUACAUCCGCGUCGUGAACUCCUCUCGUGUAGACACACCAAUUAAACACAAUGCUCCCUGUCGUGCGUGUGGCCCUGACACUAAAUCCCGUCGUGGGUUUCACGCUCAUGUGAAACCAACCUUAAACUUAAAAUCUUGUUCUUUGGGAUUCAUCAUGUGUCCCAUAAGUUUCAUAGACCGUUACAUAUCUAACAAGUUUUUUAUAUUCAAGUCUUCUGUACUCAUUUUGUAUACAUUUUUCUCAUGUGAGUAAGUUUUAUGUCUUAUCUUUCGAUUCAAUGAAAUACCAAGCCAAGUUCUUUUCCCUUAACAUGUUUUUUUUUAUUAUUUAUAAGACGAAAUAAGACAUUUAUUAGUCAUCCUGCAAAGUUACAAAAUUUGCAAUAGAUAUCAUAUAAUUCAUGAUUUACAUAUAUAUACUUGCAACAUCAAAUUGAGCUACACAUCACAGAACAUUCAUGGAAUGUUUAAAACCUAAAAUUAUGCUAGACCUGAUGACUCAAUUUAAAAAUUCAAGGUAUAAAUAGAUUCAAUUGUAUGUAGCCAAUUAUACAUUAUAUUGUGAAAUAAUCUCUGAGGAAACAGCUGAAAAGUCAAUGGUAACUUGUUAAGAUGGGAACUUGUAUAUUGGAACAGUGUAAUUCAAUAUUUAGCCUAUUGUUUAAGACUUUUUGUGUUGGAAAUAAAUAAUUUAAAAUGUA